CCUCCGCCUGGGGGACCCCCAUCCCUGGCUGUCACCCAACUGCGCGUGCCCCCCUCCCCCCGACUCCCGCGGCCGAGCCACCACUGCUGCUGCAUACUCCGCUAGUCCGAGAGUCUUGAGCGGUUACCCGACCCCGCUCCACAGCUUCUUUGCAUCUCUAAUUUCGAAGGCCCCCUCCCCCACCCCUCCCGGCCUCCUUGCACCCCGAUUUUUUCUUAGCUUCGCUUGGGUUUUUCAGCCGUCUAUUUUUGCACCCCCUUUUCGUUUUGUUUUUAGGUUUGGGUGGGGGUAAAGCUGUAUUCGCACCCGUUCCCCCUUUUUAUUCUCCCCUUCCCUGACAACCCCCUUUUUCAUCGCAGUCGGGGGGCCUAGGAUCCGUACAUUCGUCGCUCUGUCAACACCCCGCAGCGCUUCGCGGUGCACCCCGGAAUUUGCGGCAGCUGCAUAUCUGAGGGGGGUCUCCCUUGUCCCUGCUGCCUUUGCUCCCUGCACGUUCCAGUGCGUGGAGGGGGGGCUUCAGCGCGCCGCACCCCAGCUUCUCCGCAGCCCCCCGCCCUGCGCGGGACUCGUCUCCCGCUGCCAAGAUGGUCAUCCAGAAAGAGAAGAAGAGCUGCGGGCAGGUGGUUGAGGAGUGGAAGGAGUUCGUGUGGAACCCGAGGACGCACCAGUUCAUGGGCCGCACCGGGACCAGCUGGGCCUUUAUCCUCCUCUUCUACCUCGUCUUCUAUGGCUUCCUCACAGCCAUGUUCACCCUCACCAUGUGGGUGAUGCUGCAGACUGUCUCUGACCAUACCCCCAAGUACCAGGACCGCCUGGCCACGCCUGGUUUGAUGAUUCGCCCCAAAACUGAGAACCUUGAUGUCAUUGUCAACAUCAGCGACACUGAAAGCUGGGACCAGCAUGUUCAGAAGCUCAACAAGUUCUUGGAGCCUUACAAUGACUCCAUCCAAGCCCAAAAGAAUGAUGUCUGCCGCCCUGGGCGCUAUUAUGAACAGCCAGAUAAUGGAGUCCUCAACUACCCGAAGCGUGCCUGCCGGUUCAACCGCACCCAGCUGGGCGAUUGCUCUGGCAUCGGGGACCCCACCCACUAUGGUUACAGCACUGGGCAGCCCUGUGUCUUCAUCAAAAUGAACCGGGUCAUUAACUUCUAUGCAGGUGCAAACCAGAGCAUGAAUGUUACCUGUGCAGGGAAGAGAGACGAAGAUGCUGCGCAUCUCGGCAGCUUUGUCAUGUUCCCUGCCAGUGGUAACAUCGACCUCAUGUACUUUCCCUACUAUGGCAAAAAGUUCCAUGUGAACUACACACAGCCCCUGGUGGCAGUGAAGUUCCUGAAUGUGACUCCCAAUGUAGAGGUGAAUGUGGAAUGUCGCAUCAACGCCGCCAAUAUUGCCACAGAUGAUGAGCGAGACAAGUUCGCCGGCCGUGUGGCCUUCAAACUCCGCAUCAACAAAACCUGAGGUCCCUUCCUCCCAUCCCCAAGCUUUCCUAUGGAUGCUUCUGGAAUGUCCCUGACCCUGCCUGAUCCCUCCCUCACCCACCCCAAAGGUAUUUUUUAUAACAGAGCUAUGACUUGUCUGAGCCUCACGCCCUUUUCCUUUACUUCUGAACCCAGCCUGAUGUCUGUUAUGAUUCCUUGGCUGCACACAUUUUCCACCAUCUUGCCCUGAUCUAGGAUCUAGUCUUUGGGAAAUGGGCUCCCAAGGGGAGUUAGGGUCUUUCUAGUUUUAGUUCUUAUUUAGCUGUGAAUGAGGUAUCCCAGAGACACCCAUCUCUCCUGCAACUUCCGGCCCUGAGAGCUACAGGACACAGCUGACAUCACACUCAUCCCCUCUCCUCCUCCCUACAGAUGCACCCUGCUGCUGCCUACCAUCCCUUACACACACACACACACACACACACACACACACACACACACACACAC